UCAGCAGGUUGCUGUAUAGAUGCAUGACAGGUCAUUCAAUCAUUACCCAUAAUGCAGUGUGUGGUAGCAGUAGUUUUACACAGCUUCUAAUACGCUCUCUGUCUGUUACGGUGGUCUGUUCCCUUUAUAGUGAAAUUAAAGCAUUCUAACUUUCACAGCAGAUUAAUGACUUUUUAACUGUGUAUUUAAUGAUGCUUUCUUUUGUAUAACAGAUAUGAUAAUAUAGACAAAUGAAUCUGCCUAAAUGCUUCAAAACUAUUCUAGUCUUAUUGUUUGAUGUUGUUUGAUUAAGUAUAAGUUUUGUAACCGCAGUAACAUCGUAAGUGAUAAAAUGACUGAGCAUGGGAUCGUUGCACAUUUAGCCUUCAGUGUUUCCUACAUUAAUUAAGAGUAUUGAUAUUUCUGCCAUUUCUUUUAUGAGUGUGAUAUCUGCAUUUUCUUUUUUAGGUUUGAUUUUGGACUAAGGCUGUCAAAGUUAACGCGAUAAUAACGUGCAAUCAAUCUCGGGGAGGUUGUAGCGGCUCAGUUUUAAAGCUAGAGUUGUCGUGGUCUGGCUGUUUGUUAUAAGUUAAGAUGUCUAAUGUUCCUCCUUUGGGUUUAUUAGUUCUGUUAAUGUGAUUUUGGUUUGUGUUGGAUUUGGUUUCUUUUAUAUUCUUUCAUUCCAGUGUUUCCUGUUUUAUUUUGUAAUUCACUCCUCCUGUGUCUUGUCUGGUUCUACUUCCUACCUUUGUUUGUUUUCCCGCCUUUGUUGAUUGUCUGCCGCGCUCUGAUUAGUUCCACCUGUGUUUAAUCACCCUCUUGUAUUUAACCCUGUGUGUUCACCUCUGUCUUGGUCGGUUCGUUUGUCGCUCCAGCCUCGUCUACCUUGUCCCCUGUGUUGCUCGUCCCUCCUGACCUGAUCCUAGAGUUCCUCGUGUCCUCGGAAACAGUAGAGCCUCAGACAGCCAAUCAGAGGAGAGGACAGCAGGUCUCCAUGGUAACCGGGUUGUUUGGGGAAGGGCAGCCUGUCCUACUUCCGGUUGUUGUUUCCAGCUGAAGAUUAAAACCUUGAAGAGUCGCGAUGGCGGGGACGUCGAGACACGAUCGAGAGAUGGCGAUGAACGCCAAGCGUCAGCUGAAGGAGUGUUCUGACCCGGUGGAGAGACUCCGGCUGCAGUGUCUGACCAGAGGAUCGUCUGGUAUCAAAGGUCUGGGCAGAACCUUCAAAAUAAUGGAUGAUAACAACAACCGGUCCCUGGACCUGAAGGAGUUCCUGAAGGGUCUGAACGACUACGGGAUCCUGAUCGAGAAACAAGAGGCCACGGCUCUCUUUCAGCACUUCGACCGCGACGGGAACGGGACCAUCGACUUCGACGAGUUCCUCAUCACUCUGAGGCCGCAGAUGUCUAAAGCCAGGAAGGAGGUGGUGAUGCAGGCGUUCAGGAAGCUGGAUAAGACGGGCGACGGGGUGAUCACCGUCGAAGACCUGCGGGGGGUUUACAACGCCAAGUACCACCCCAAGUAUCAGAACGGGGAGUGGACAGAGGAUCAAGUCUUCAGGACAUUCCUGGACAGCUUUGACUCUCCGUACGACAAAGAUGGAAAGGUCACCCAGGAGGAGUUUAUGAAUUAUUAUGCUGGUGUGAGUGCGUCCAUCGAUACAGACGUCUACUUUAUUGUGAUGAUGAGAAAUGCCUGGAAACUCUGACUUGUGGUGACCAAAGAGGAGUUCAUCAACUAUUACUGUGGCGUCAGCGCCUCCAUCGACAGCGACGUCUACUUUAUACUAAUGAUGAAAAACGCCUGGAAGCUCUGAAUCAAGACCUGAACUCUGAUCUAUAACUGAAGAAACACCACACGGCCUGAAUGAUUACAGCUAGCGUCUCUAAUCUAGAGAAACACCACACGGCCUCAACGAUUACAGCUAGCGUCUCUAAUCUAGAGAAACACCACACGGCCUGAAUGAUUACAGC